UUUCCUUUGGCGGGGGCUAACCAGGCGGGUCGGGACCGAGCUUAGCAGGCCGUCCACAGACGAGAGAGGGCGAUCGGCUCAGUGCAUCACUUUCCCUGGUUUCACUCAAACCUUUUUUUGGGGGGGUUGAUUGCCUUGGGAUUUAACUGCGUUCACCCCGGCUCUCGGCUUUUUCAGGGAGACGGUGUCGUCCUGUCGCCAUGGCAACGGCUCAGCUGCAGAAGACGGCCGCGGUCUCCCAGGUGUUCCCCACUGUGGUGUCCAGUGAGCAGCAGUCUCUGGCGCUGGUCAAGAAGCUGAUGGCCAUCGCCGUGUCCUGCAUCACCUACCUGCGGGGACUCUUUCCGGAGAGAGCCUACGGCACCAAAUACGUGGAAGAUCAGUGUUUCAAGAUCCUGAAGGAAGACAGGAGCUGCCCGGGAUCAACCCAGGUUGUAAAAUGGAUGCAGGGAUGCUAUGAUGCUCUCCAGAAAAGAUACUUGCGAAUGGUUGUUCUCUCAAUCUUUGCCGAUAAAGACAGCCCUGAGACAGUGACAGAGUGCUAUCAGUUUAAAAUCAAAUACGACAGGGAGGGACCACAGCUGGAUUUUGGAAGCAGCACCAAGCGGAGUGAGCUGAAGCUGUCCUGUAGCGGCAAUACGAAGGCGGCAAGCAUCCUCCUCAUUCGCCGGCUGUACGUGCUGAUGCAGCACCUGGGGCCGCUCCCGAGCGACGUCUGCCUGAACAUGAAGCUCUACUACUACGACGAAGUGACUCCACAGGACUACCAGCCCCCUGGGUUCAAGGAAGGGGUCAGCACCAGCAUGCUGUUCGAGGGGACGCCUGUGCACCUGACCGUGGGGGAGGUGGUCACCCCCUUCCACGCGCUGAAGCUGAAGGUGACCACAGAGAAGGACCGGCUGGAGCAGGUGGGCCUGGAAGAGGGUGCUACUGAGAAGGAGAGGCAGGUUUUGGAGCUGGACCAUGGGGAAAUGGAGGAAACGCAGGAGAGCAGCAUGAACAUUGUCCAGGAGCAACAGCCCAUGAGAGCAGACACAAACGAAAAAGACUGUAACGAGAACACUGUUGCCGAAGAUUCAGAUGCAAGACAGGCCUGCCAGCAGGAUCUCAGAAUCUUUGAAGGGGGACUGGAUAGCUCCCAGCACUCGCAGAUGGAUUCUCUUGUGAGACAGACUUCUGACCUGGAAAUGAGUGUCAGCAGAACCAGGAGUGGGCGGAUGAGGUUGAUCCCGCAGCCAGAUCAGAGGAAGAGGGGAGCAGACCCUUGUGGCAAAAGCAGGAGCAGCAACAAGUCGGUGAGGUUCAAGGCACAGACACCCCAAUACGCCCCCACAUAACACAGCUCCGCCCCUCCACUGGCAGGCCUGACCUCUUUCUGCCCCACAGCCAGACG